AGAACCUUGUUGCCGCCGACCUCGGCGACGCCCCGACAAGGAGCCCUCGCCGCUACCCUAGAACCCGACCUCGGCUGACGCCCCGACAAGGAGCCCUCGCUGCUACCCUAGAACAUACAUGGGAGCCUGCGGCAGCAAACGCGCACCCAACGUGGAGGAGCGCUCCGAGCGCCUGCACGAGUUCUUUGGGGCAACCAUCGAUUGCGAGGUCCGGCCUUCCGGCCUCGGCAGCGCGGAGGCUGUGGCGCAAGACGCAGAGCAUGGCAAGGCCGCUCCCUCGGCUGCCGCGCCGGCGGCAGCCGAGGGUGGGCCGUGCGUAUUCGAGGGCAUGCAACCCGCCGGCAUCAAUGCGCGGCUGUCGCAGGGCGCUCUCUCUCCCGAGGACCUCGAGAUCCAGCGCACGGAGCUCAAGGAGGCGGCAAAGCUGAUCGACUCGAUGGGCGCGCGCGGCGAGGAGGCGGCCAUCCUCGCGCCGGCCGAGAAGGACGGCUGCAAGUACGAGCUGGCCAUCAACUGGGAGUCGUCGCACGUCGCCCUCGUCACCCAGAAGAUGCAGGCGGUGCCGCUCUCGAUGCUCGAGUGCGUCGCUCUCGUGCGGGAGCCCGACCUGAUCCCGCUGCCAAAGUGGCCGGGGCUGCCUCGGAUCGAGCGGAUCGCGCUGGUCCACGAGUUCACGCCAAACAACGUCGUGUACCACGUCUCGAUCGAGCCGUGGGGCCCCUUCCCCGGCUGCGACUCGGUCUGCUGCGCAGUCGGCUUUGUCCGGACGGACGAGUCGGGCAAGGCGUGCGUCGGCUUCGCGCGGUCGCCGCCGGAGGACGAGCAGGAGGUGCACCGCGGGUGGUCCGUCCUGCCCAAGCAGAAGCGGCGCACGCGCAUGCAGGUCGACGGCUGCGCCUGGGUCGUCGCCCCUUCCGCCGAGGAGGGCAAGGUGGACGUCACCAUCUUCAUGAAGACGCGCAUCCCGAUCCCGCACUGGCUGGUGCCGCCCGCGCUCGUGCGGUGGGUGACGCCAAAGGGUGUCCGGCGCAUCCUCCCCCUGCUCACCGC